UGGAGAACUACCAAAUCCAAUGACUUUGAUUUGUUCGUACCAUUCUGUCAUCGAUCACUGCUGGGUCGGUUGGUGAGUCACCCCCCAAAAAGCAUCGAGAAAGGGAAAGCAUAUAUGUUUUAUGAAAUGAUCAGCGGUCUCAUUUAUGUUAUGCCCUGCAUCGUGUUCGUGUGUGUUUAUUGAGCUUUCUUCACUUCAGCGCCAUGCGCUUUGCUUCGCUUUAUAGAAGAGAGAGACCGUUGCCUUGAGAGUGAAAAGCAAGCGCAAGCGAUAGAAAGGAUAGUCCCUCGCGCGUUCGCGCGAACUACUAGAAAAUGGUGAGAUCAUUAGAUCAUUAGUGAAAGAAGGACCAACGACGAUCCUGUCCUAAAGGAGAAGGAGGAGUAGGAGGAGUCAGUCUUCUUUGAAGAUCGAGGAAAAAAUAGGACAAUUAUGCCAUUCGGAAGAAGUAGUCUACAGAGGGAAAGCCUGUUACGAGUAAGUGGAGAGGAAAGAUCUCCAGAGAUUCUUAUAUUAUUCCAUGCCAGUGGCUUGACCAGUAACCAAUGGCGAAAACUAAAAAAUUUAUGGUUUCCCGGUAGAACCCUAUUUCGCCCAAGUUGUUGUGAAACCGGAAAAAAGAAGCGGUUUUUCGCACAGCUUGCUCAUAGUGCAGGUCCCACUUGUAUAUUGUAUUUGGCCGAAGAAGCAUCAGACAGGUUGGAGUUCUUACCUUCUUGGGACUCCAUGGACCAAGAUCUGCUUUUAUUAUAUGGGCAAUAUCGAUCUACUUUAGUAGAUCAUAUGGAUGUAGAAAAAGCUUCUGAUUUUGAUGAAUUGGAAACAUCUCUUUUCCAUUUCUAUUUACCUAGUUCAUAUCUUUGUUUCGUGUGUUCCCGGGAGGAAUGAGAUCUCUUCAAUCUCGGGAUACCACCUAAAUAACUGCGGCCAGAGAGUCAAAUAGGUCGGGAAGAAAGAGUCUGAGGUUAGGUCGGACGA